AUGGGCCAGCCGCCGGGGCCGUGGACGUUGCCGGUGAUCGGCAGUCUGCACCACAUAGCCGGGCAGCUCCCUCACCGGGCCUUGCGCGACUUGGCGCGGCGGCAUGGGUGGCCCGUCAUGCUGCUCCAGCUUGGCGAGGUGCCCACGCUCGUCGUCUCCUCCCGCUCCGGCGCUCGCGAAGUGAUGAGGACCCACGACGCUUCGUUCGCCACACGGCCCAUGAGCUCUGCCGUGCGCGUGAUCACCAACGGCGGGCGGGACAUCGCCUUAGACCCCUAUGGCGACCACUGGCGACAGAUGCGCCGGAUAGCCGUCACCGAGCUCCUCACCGCCCGCCGAGUCCUCUCCUUCCGUGCAAUCCGGGAGGAGGAAGUCGCCGCCAUGCUCCGCGCCAGCGCUGCCAGCGGGGAAGAGAUCGACAUGCGCACGCGGCUGUCUGCGAUGGUGGCCGACAGCACCGUGCACUAG